AAAUAUGUUACUCUUUUUAUACGUAGUCGGGAAAGUACGAGCUCGAGUUUUUAAAUUUCUCCAAGUUCAAAUUCAUCCCUCUGGAAUACCAAUAAAUUCUUACGAAAUUAACGAACUUGGUUUUUCUAAAUAUUUCAAUGAUCAAUUGUUGAAUUCUUUUUUUUAUUUUCAAGUUUAAUGAUCGUUAAUAUGAUUAAAAAUUUGAAUCCUCUUCGUGUUUAAAAAAAAAAAAAAAAAAAAAAAAAAAUACGGACAACGCCCAAAUGUGAUACGAAAGAAAAAUUCUUCGAAAAAGAAGAAGAAAGAAAACCAAAAAGGAAGGAGAAAAAGAGGGUUGACAGUUCACUGCCAAAUACGAAGCUCCUCCAGAAAUCUUUUCGAAAGCGUGCGCGAACAAGUUGAUGAAGGAGAAAAGAGGGUUGAAGGGAGGAAAGGGAAGGGUGUUAUGGUGUAUGGGCUGGGAAGGGAACGAGAGGAAGGGUGGAAAAAUUGCGUACGAAUUCUACUGUGGUACUUGGGUGACUCUCGCAGUAGGCAAUAGCGUAAUAGAGAGAGGGGUUGGUCAGACAGAUGGUAUUUUACGGGCGCACGUAGUCCUUCCACACACGUGCCUAGCGACCGGCUAGGCUGGAUCCAUAAUAUAGGCAUGUAGAAGCCGGUACGUCGGAGACCCGUUGGUAGCCUCGACGCAGAGGCGUCGUUCUUCACCGAUGGAGGGGUUGGUUGCUGCUCGGGUAUAGGUUGGGCUUCUCUAAACGGGGUGGUUGAUGGGGCGCAGAACGCCAAGGUGGGUGGAUAUUGAGCGACGCCGGGCGUCGUGGCGCACCGUGUCCGAUCAGUCGCCCUCCAGCCACCGCCCCAGAUACGAGUUUGGAGCCACUUCCGGCGAUCCGCUACGCUGGUCCGACGUGUCUCUCUCUUUCUCUCUCUCUCUCUCUUUCUCUCUCUGCCUUUCUCUGUCUAUUACUUUUUUCCUUUUUCUCUUUUUGUCUAUCCGUUUAUCUACCUAUAUUUCUUUCUUUCUAUUUUUCUCCCUCUUCUUCUUCUUCUUCUAUUUCUUUUCAUCAAGAAACAUACGCAACCCUCCGGUUACUUUAGAAGACACAGCUGAGAAAGGAACACCGGAAACAUGCUUAUCGGGCUAGUGCGCGAUUCGAUGCUGCAGUGCUUCUGUCAUAGCUGCAAAGCACCUUUGGAUAUUGUAGCGGGACAAAGGAAGGGUAAUGCGCCCUUCAAGAAGCCCACUGGAAAAGGGGCGCGAACCAAGCAACCGAAGAAAGUGAAGUUUAUUACGACUGAAAUACGAUGCCAAGAAAAGUCGAAGGGUGGUAUUUGCUACGAGGUGAUCUUGGCAGAGCCAACGGCACCAAAGAGGGCACCGUCACCACCCCACACUGGGCCGACUCAACAGAUCCCUAUUGAGGACAAAUUGAGAGAAGCAGAGCAAAGAAGAUUCACCUUAGAAUCUCAUAAGAUCGCUGCUCUUUCUGCGAAACUCAGCAAGAUCGAAGAGGUCGCUCGUAAGAAGGAUGAACUCAGCGCCGCAUUCAUAGCUGCUACUCGCGAAUCCUUGGACGCAAAAAUGAACAACACCGAAGAAAAGCGAGAAGCUCAUAUCGCAGAACUUAAGAAUAAAUUGAAAGAGCAUUUGGAGAGUGUAGAGAAAUCUCGUCUGAGCCUCGAACAGCAGACUGAAGAAGUACGAUGCGCUGUCGAAGAAAAACUCAAGACUGCUGCUGCUCAACGCGACGAGAAUAUUAAAAGGAUGUUGGAUCGCCUUAAGGAACAUGAGGAACAAGCCGCUCGUGUACGUCAAGGUAUGACCGAACGCGUACAACAAUUGGAAUCUCAAAUUCAAGGCAAGCUUGACCAAGCUCGUGAACGUCGAGAAAGUCUGGAACGCGAACAAAAGGAAAAAUUACGUAAUUACGAGAAACGUGCAGAAAUCGUCAGGCAGAAGAAAGCUGCCAUGGACGGACAGAAAGGAAAAGGGGAGGAUCAAAAUAUCCUGCCCGUCGAAAAUGAAACUGCCAGUUCUGGCUAAAUUAAUUUUUAUUUCUCAAAGUCUAAGCCUUCUCUUUGAUAAGCCUCCCUGCGUGUACUCGCAGAAAGAAUCGUUCGCUGGCGCGCCGUUUUGUUGACUGAACACUUUUAUUUAUUUAAUGAGUUUUUUAAGAUGACAGACAUAGUUUCAGCUCUUCUUUGUUCUUACUUAAUAUCGGAAUCACUAAUAAAAAUGAACUCCAUAAAUGAAAGGAUCGUAAUCGAAAUAAAUAUUUAAUAUAGUUAAUUUUAAUUUACAUUGCAAUUAUUAUUUUAUUUAAUAUUAUUCAAUAUUAAUAUUUAGAUUAAAUAUUAAUUUUUUUUAUUACGAUCCUUUCAUAGAAUUCAUUUUUAUUUCAGAUUACGAUAUUAAAUAAUCUUAAAGAAACGAAAGAUAUAAUCUUAUUUGUCAUCUUUAAAUAUUCAAUUAAUAAAUAAAAAUUUUUAGCCAACAAGACGGCUUAGACUUUGCGUUAAUUGUUUUUGUGUUUUUUUUUCUCCUUAUCGAUAUGUGCAUAAAACACUGCCUUCUAUCUUUCUACGAUGUUGUCCUACAAUCUAAAUAUUAUUGUUUUAUGAGUUUUAAACAAAUCUUAUCUUGAAUAGAAUUGUGUUACAAUGUGUUAGGUCACUUUUUUGCUUGCACAAUCGAGAAAAUAAAAAACAAAAAAACAAUACAACAAAACUAACCACGCGCAGAGUAUUUGACGUAAUUCUUUUUAUUUUGCUACGUCUUAAGAAUAUAUUUUGUUUUUUUUUUAUGAUUAUGCUAUUGUUAUUAGACGUUUAUUAAUGUUUUCUAGCCUUAACGAUUAUUAUUUUACCGUUUAAUGAUUAGAAAUUACAUGCGUGAUAAUCACAUUGGCUGUUAUCUCUAACGACUGAAAUAAUUAACGUUUAUAUUCGUAACGUCAUCGGAGCUUUCAUUCUCAGCACACGCAGCUUUUUCUUUCAUUUUUAACUUCGUUUUUAGAAUAAAUAAUAGAUAAUUAUUAUCGCUAUAGUUAGAUCUUAAGUGAUAUUUGCGGCCAUAUGUGUGUUCACAUACCAUAUAUAUCGACGUAAAUAUGUGGUAUGUGCCGGCAUAUAAGCACACUUAUAACAUAUAUAUAUAUAUUAUAACAGUGCUUUAUACUAGGCUUGAAAAAUUUGAAACCAUUUUAUACUCGAUCAUUGUAAUAUUACUGCGCUAACAGAACGACAACAUUCACAAAUAUAUAGUAUAAUUGAAUAUGAUAAUAUGAUGCUUCUGUGAUGACCUAAUUAUUUGUCAAAAUGUGUAGUGGCAAAGUGAGAGAGUGCGCGAAAGAAUGAGUGAAAAAGAAAAAGGAAGAAAACAAACAAAAAAUCAGAGUGAAAGAAAGAGAUUCCUCUAUGCUCGUAUAGAUACCGUGGCUAGAGGGUUUAUAUCUUUCGUGUAAUAUAUCAUCGCUAAAAGGAAUUAAAAAAAAAAAUCGCCUUUAAUUAUAUGAAAGAUUCCUUUGAUCCGGAACUACGUUCUUCAACGGGCUAUCGUUUUAUAUAUAUAUAUAUAUAUAUAUAUAUAUAUUAUUUUUUAUAUAUUAUAUAUUAUAUAUUAUAUAUUAUAUAUUUUCCUUUUCAUUUUUUAUAUAAUGUUUUGUUAACGAUUUCGAAGACAAGAAAAAAGGAAUCGUAACGUAAAGUCUAAUCACGACUCUGGUCACGGUAUUGUCACAAAAAUUGCACAGGUACAAAACAAACACAUUUGCAAAAGUGAUAAUGGAAUUUAAUUGCGUUCAUUCGCUCUUAAUUAUUUCUUUCAACCUUGAUACCAUUUUCCCGAAUAAUUUUUCCUAAAAUUUUCAGAUAUCUGAUAUAGAAUUAGAAAAAUUUACAAGGGAUUAUUCACGACGAUCGAUUUACAAUGGUUUAUAAGAAUAAUAUGAGCGAAUGAUGAAAAGUAAAUAUUUUUAUAGGUGAGCGUUUCUUUUAAAAAUGCUGAGUAUUAUUAUUAAUUAAUUUAUUCCGCGCAACAAAUCGAAGGAAACACACGCCUGACGUUCAUACAAUCCUUGUUAUAAUUUUUUCCUUCCUAAUGAAGCAAGAAACAAGUGACUUUUAUUCUUUUAAAUAUGUAGUUAUUGUGAUCUUUUGGCGUAAUGUAAUUUGAUAAUAUUUACAUGCGUAUGUUACAAUUCUUUUUUGAUUUGCCUCUUUUUUUAUUUUCUUUUUCGUUAUAAUACGUAAAUAAAAAUAUAUAUAUAUAAAUAUAUAGAUUUUAUAUAUAUAUAUAUACAUAUAUAUAUCUAGACCUAUAUAGAUUUCUAUGCGAUGAUAUAUUAUAUAGGGAUAUAGUUAUACGUGUGUGUAUGGUUUCAUGUGAGCUUUGGUACUGUCUCUUAGUGGCACAACGACAGAAGCAAGUUACAUGCGAGAAAUUCAAAAGAAAAGGACAAAAAUAAAUAAAAUGCUCGAAAAAUUCAAAAUCAUUGAAAAAUACUUUUUGUACAAUUGGCUGCCUUUGAAAUUAAUUUUAUUUGUGUUGAAGAUUAAUGUGUUCGAAAGAAAUCUUGGUGUGAAGUAAAAGGCCGUACCUACACGCAA